AUGCCUGUGAUCGAUUCAUCAACUAUCCCACUUGUUGGUCAGGUUUCGAACAUCGUCCUGGUGUCUUUCUUCUUCACAGCUUGUCUGUCAGUAUAUAUUGUCUAUCAAAGAUUCUUCCAUCCACUUGCUUCGGUGCCCGGUCCUUUCUGGGCUAGUCUUACCCGAUUUUGGAUCACAAAGCACAGUUGGGAUGGCGACAUGCACAGGACCAUGAUCGCCUUGCAUGAAAAACAUGGUCCAAUUGUGCGUAACGGGCCCAACGAGGUCAGCAUAGCAGACCUGUCGGCCAUCAAGAUAAUCUACGGCGCAGGCACAAAGUUCCGUAAGAGUGACUGGUAUUCUGUUUGGCAAGGUCACAGAAAGUUCGACCUGUUUGGAGAGAGGGACGAGAAGCUGCACGGCAAGCAAAGAAGCUUGAUCAGUUCAGCAUAUGCCAUGACCAGCUUGAAAGAUCUAGAGCCGUACGUGGAUGAUACCGUCAACCGAUUCAUGGAUGCGAUGAGUGAGCGUCAGAACCAAGUGGUCGAUAUGGGCAAAUGGGCACAGCUUUUCGCUUUCGGCGCCUUGCAGUCUGCCGCAUGGAUCGGACAAGUUCCAUGGCUCUUCUGGCUUCACGAUCGCUUCAUGCCAGUGAUUGGCAACCACCUUGCCCUCAACAACAGACACGGGUCGCUUCGAACCCUUGCUGCAAAAGAGAUUUCGGCGAGAAUGGAUCGUGGCAGUGACCGCAAAGACAUCCUGUCGAAAUUGCACGCAGCCCAGAAGGACAAAGCCGAACUCGACGACAAUGGUGUCGUCAGCAUGGCAACAUCGAACAUCUUUGCAGGCAGCGAUACAACUGCCAUAUCUACUCGUGCCAUCAUCUACUACCUUCUCAAGAAUCCACAGUACAAGCAGAAACUAAUUGAGGAGAUUGACGACUUCAGAAGACAAGGAAGAUUGAGUGAUCCUGUGAAGUUGACAGAAGCAGACUCGAUGCCCUACCUCCAGGCUGUCAUGUACGAGGCAUUGCGCUGUCAUCCAGCUGUCGGCAUGAGCUUGCCUCGAGUGACUCCGGCUGGCGGCGCCACCAUCGCCAACACUUUCAUCCCUGCAGGAUAG